CCUCCCAUUCUUGAUUAAUUCAACCGAGAAAGAGGCUGUUGUAAAAUAUAUCAAAGAAUUCUACUGAGAAUCCUUGCCAGCUUUGUGAAAACGGAAAUUAGGCAGAGGAUGGCUGAAACUGACGCAAAGAAUGGCACAAGAACCAGUGACCAGGUACUGCAGUCUGUUGUAAAGCUAUUUGUUCAAUAUGCAAGUCCAAAUUAUUGUAUGCCUUGGCAAAUGAAAAGACAACAACAGAGUUUUGGAUCAGGGUUUGUCAUCAAGGGAAGGAGGAUCCUAACAAAUGCACAUGUUGUUAAAUACCACAAAUCUAUAAGAGUGAGGAAACACGGAGAUGCGAAGAAAUACCAAGCCUACAUUGUUCAUAUUGCCCAUGACUGUGACGUUGCAAUGGUUGGUGUUGACGACGAAAAGUUUUGGGAAGAUGUAAAACAUUUGGAGUUCGGAAAUGUACCAAAAUUGGAAGAAGAUGUUGCUGUUGUUGGGUUUCCCACUGGCGGGGACAAUAUCAGUAUCACGAGAGGAGUUGUUUCCAGGGUCGACAUACGCAGAUAUUCGCAUUCUGGGCAAGAUUUACUGGCAAUACAGAUUGAUGCUGCUAUAAAUUCAGGCAACAGUGGUGGUCCUGCAUUGCAGCAUGGGAGUGUUGUUGGCAUCGCAUUUCAAGCAAUGUGUACGGCUGAAAACAUCGGCUACAUCAUCCCAAUUCCGGUGAUAACCCACUUUCUUGAUGAUGUUGAAACCCGUAAUUAUUUCUCGGGGUUUUGUGAUCUCGGAGUGAGGUGGCAGGCGAUCGAGGCUGAGCAGAUGCGGAGCUAUUUCAAACUGUCUGCUGACGAUACUGGGGUUCUCAUUGCUAAAGUAUUUAAACUUUCUUGUAGUCACAGCCGUUUGAAAAAGGGAGACGUCUUGAUGUUUUUAGACGGGUAUCCAAUCGCUGAUAAUGGAAGUGUGCUUUUCCGUGGGGAUGAGCGCAUUUAUUGGACCUAUUUGCUGCAUUCAAAAUUUCCUGGUCAAACAAUACAUGCAUCGAUAUUACGAGCUGGUGAAAAAUUGGAUGUCGAAAUAAGAUUAGCCGUAUAUAAACCUCUUGUGCCUAGGCAAUUAUACGAUCGAACGCCAAGUUACGUAGUAUAUUGUGGCCUAGUCUUUGUGACUCUAUCGCAACCAUAUUUACACCACCAAUUUGGGAAAGACUGGAUGACCAAAUCUCCCGUGAGGCUUUGCGAGCUUGUGCGUAGCCAUGCUGAAAGGGCGGAGCAAGAAGUGGUUUUAUUAAGUCAGGUUCUGGCAUCUGAAUUAACAGCAGGGUAUGAAGGAUUUUCAAAUUUGCAGUUAUUCAGAGUAAAUGGAGUUCCCGUGUUGAAUCUUCGCCAUCUUUGCUACCUGUUAGACAGAUACACACAUCCCCAUUUAGGCAACGAGGUUCAAAUGGAGACAGAGACAAGUGAUAUUCAAGAAGACAAAGCCAGCCUCCACAUCGGAACGGAAUGCAACCCUGAUUUUAAUAUAGGUCCCAAAACAAAGAAACCACGCUCUGGCGGUAUCAUGGCAUGUCUGCCCUCUGAAACAGACGAUGUUGAUAAAAUAACAAGUUUUGGGGACAUUGAGAACGAUAACAAAAGUGAAACGUCACCUAUACUAAAUAACAACGAAAGAAAAAGUGAAUAUAGUGAUGUUUUAGAUGGUUAUGAUCAUGCAGAUCGUGCACUUUUUGAGGAAUUCACCAGAGAAAGUGCAAAUUUGUACACGCAGGUAAAGGAAGAAUCUUUGCUUCUGGACUGCGAAAAUUUUAUCAAUUUUGAACUUGACCAGGAUAAGAUCAUUGUUUUGAAAAUAACAGAAGCAAAGAUAAAGUCAAACGACAUUUUACGACAGCAUGCAAUCACCAACCCUAGAUCAGUGGAUCUUCCAGGCUGUCGUUUCUGAGGAUUGAAUCAACAUAAUUAGAAACAUCAGAAAUUAUCACCAAUUAGCAUCAAUUAUCAUCAAUUAUCAUCAUUACCAUUAUCAACCAAUCAUUGUGAUCAUCACACCACCACCAUUGUCAUAUUCAAAGUCAUUGUUGUUAUCAUUGCUGUAGAAUACUUCUUGUCUUUUUUGUUAGAAUUUUAAUUAUAGUGGAAAAAAAUACUAGCAUAUAUAGACUUCUGUUAAAAUAAAAAUUUUCAUAGUUUUUUUAAGAUUAUUAUGAAUUUCAAUGUUUGUGAUAUGAUAGUAGUUAAUACCAGUGGCAUUUGCUAUCUAAGACAUCUUUCUGGCUGUCAAAGCUCCAAUAACUUUUUUGUCUUACUGACAACGUGAAUAUGUUUACGCCUGCGUGUAGGCAGGACACCAGUGAAAACGCAACUCAACUCAUAAGCGAAAAGAUUCUCAAACAGUAAACCCGGCAAGUCCGGUAAGAUUUUAAUUGCUUCGGUGCAGUACUCCGAUUAAAAUCAAAUCACCUGAUUGUGUUUCUUACUUUCGGCAUUUUUAAGAGGACACGUUUCAAAGAUGGUUCACGUGUGAUAUUUCGUUCUGGACCGUUUCAAAGAGUGACUGUACCCUUGUAAUGCAAAAAUGGCGCAGAUUAGCAUAUUUGAUUAAUUCAUAUAGAUGUGGCUUGUAACUGCUUUAAAAUUUGCCCCACUGUAAUAAACAUUUUAGCGAAAAAAUUCGUAAGAGAAUUUAAUUCCAUUUUAAAGAGUUUUAUCUUGAAAAUGCAAAAGAAUCCACAUAUUGGGAAAUGUUUCAUGACCCAUUCCAUCUACAAAUUGGCUUGUGCAGAGGCCUACGACACUGUGAAUUUUGUAAUGUUUAUUGGACACUGAUCACUCAAAGGUUCUACCUUACUUAUUUGCUAAAGCGAUCACAUGUUAUAAAGGCCGAAGACAUCUGUAAAGCCCAUACCGAGAAAGAAAUAAUAAGUCCAAAUCGAUGCGUUGUAUAGCAUCUCCUGUGACUUUUUAAAAUGCUUGGUGAAAUCUACUGUAAAUUGAUGUUACCACUAGGUGUCUUACGUCACUUUUAUGUGCAAAUGUCGAUAGUUUAUGAAAAUAUAUUGUCAAUGAAUUGGCUUUCGUUAGGUAAAUGCUAUUCCAUGAAAUAACAAUAAAACUGAUUAAUACUCACUGUUUUGGAAACUAAUUGUAACAAUCAACAUGUUUAUACCUUAGAUCUGAAAACUUUGGAGGGAGUUCUGACUUUAAAGAGAAAUCCGCCUUUUUCAAUAUCUGUUUUGAUUUUCUGGUUACCUUAUCUGUUGAAAAGGAUCUUUCAAUAAUUUUUUAAAAACAUCUCAUAAUUGAUUUUUAAUGGUCAAAAGGCUCCACUUCACCCUGAGAUUUAUUACCAGAUUUUUCACCUCUUUAAAUAUCUAUAUAAACCAUCUGACGAGGAAGUCGAAUGCAGUUACAAGGUGAUGAAGAUUUCCUACAAUUUCCUAGACUAGGAAAAUCAAC